GUGUGCGCGUGUGCGUGCGUGCGUGCGUGCGUGCGUGCGUGCGUGCGCGCGCGCGCCCCGCGCCGUGACCCAUUUCACCGAACAAAGGAUUUUGCUGGAAUCUCGGCGCUGGACCUAAAAUGGCGCCGGCGCGCCCGCCCGCCCCCGCCCCCCGCGGCGGCCAUAGAGACGGGGCGGGCCGGCACGGCUAGAGCGGCCUCCUCCGCCUGCCUGCUCUAGGCAGCCGUAGUCCGCACUCGGUGGUGCGCGGCGCGGGAGGCGCUGUCACGUCAUGGCGGGCGAGGGCGACUCUGAGCCGCGGAAGUCCUUUAAACUCCUGGGAUUUCUUGAUGUUCAGAGUGUCCCAUGUUCACGAGAAUCAGUGCUCUAUGGCUCUGUGGGAUCUUUAGUUGUGGGCCUUGGAUAUUUUUUAGCAACCAGUAGAGUUAGAAGAUCUUGUGACUUUGCAGUUGGUGGCUUUAUUUGCACCACAUUAGGGUACUGGUUUUACUGCAGGUAUAAUUUGGCCCAACAAAGGAUCCGGCAAAGAAUGCUUAAAGAAGCGGUGCGGAACAAAAUUUUGUAUGAAGGCAGUCAUCUUGAUCCAACAAGAAAACAAACUGGCAAUGAAAGAAGCGAUUCAUAGUCUGCUAUAGAGGAGCUGUGGUUUAGUACAGCUUUGGGAGGAGGUGGUCGAAAAAUGGCAGUGUGAGGUAAAUCAUGGUGGCUGUCCUCGCAAAUCCACACAAGAAAUUCAUGGUGAAUCUGUAAAGUCAGUACACAAGCCUUUCUUUGUUUCAUGUGUGUAUGUGACUGUGUACGCUGCUAGGAAUGACCUCCUAUUAAACAUCUGGGAACUGAUGUGUGCUGUUACAGGGUCACAGAGGAUUUAUAAUAAUGCUUUGGGAGUGCUUUAACUUCCAUUAUAAAGGGAAUGGUUCAUUUCAGCAAAGUUGUAAUUACAUCUCAUUUAAAUACAGGAAAAUAUUUUCAUCAUCCGUUCUCUUGAGUAAAUGUAUCCUUCACUGCUACUGUUAACUGUGCUGUUUGUCAAACAGGAAUGUCUGAACAGUAGGUGAAUGCUUUGCUUGUGCAGGAUGGGUGGUAUCGGUAGUCUUUGUAAGCUAUCAGCUGCAGAAUAACCUCAGAUCAUUGAUAUACACUGUGAAGUUAAAGGAUUUCCAGCUUUGUUCUGUCUGAAACUAAGCAUAAAAUCACGCUUCAGAAGCAGUCUAAGCUAUGUAAGUGAUCUUUUUCCUCAAUUAAAAUCUUGCCCUUCUGUUUAAGGUAUUUCCUUACAAAUGGUGCAGUAAUAACUUACAUUAUAACUAGCAAUGGUCAGCAGAUUAUUUUUUUAAAGGCAUGUUCUACUUGUGUAUUUCACUGUAUGUGUUCAGUUAAAAGAAAUACCACUAUAUAAUUUCAAGGAAACCAUCUUAUUUGGCAAUACAGAGUUAAGUCUAAGUGCAUAUUGGUAAUAAGAGUGAUGGCAUAAUAUUCCAUUCCUUGCUUGCUUCUGUCUACACCACUGUCACUAUAUAUAUAUAUAUAUAUAUAGAGUGGAAAUAUAUUUGUAUUUCCACAAUAUGAUUUAUGCUAUAUUAUGUUCAGCAUUUUAAGGUGUCCAAAAGCAUUAACUGAGCAAAAAUGGUCCUUUCCACCCACCUGCACUUAGUCUGAGAAAGUGUGUGAUCUGUCGUUAAGUCGAUGAGGGGAGGUUGGGGAAUCCAGGUGUAAACAGCAGCAUUGUUCUACUUAUUUAAUUUGAAAAUACACUUGAAAGCACUAGACAAACAUGCUAUCUACACUAAGAUAAUUAAACUUUUACCCUCUGUGGAUUAGUCUCAUACAAGAAGAAAACAAACCUAUAUACUGGAUUUCCUUUUGUUCCCCUAUUCCUCUUGUUUCUCUGGAGGAAACAUUAAAGAUAAUUUUCCUGGAGGACACUCUUUUGACAGUUUUGUAUAAAAAGUCUCCAGAAAACUUGAUUUAGCGCAGUGAAACACUUCCUGUCCUCACUGCAAGAUCUGAACUCAGAAGUUACCUGCCAGAUAACUAAUUCAGAAGAGGAAAAUGUUUCUCCAUGGUUCAGUGCUGGUGGGGUGGAGGGUGAGAGGGAAGGAAACUCCUUCCCCUAGGAGUGAGCGGUGUUCAUAGAGCUCUUGGAGCAGCAGUGGGAAACUGAGCGAGCCGUGAACCGGGACUUAGCAAGCUGCUAUUUUAAUACAUGGUUGAGUUCUUUCCUAUCUGACCUAAGAAAAGGAACUGCAACCUAAGCAGGGGGUCUUUUGGUUUCGAGGUCACAGUUCAGCUGGGGGUGGAUUAGGAAACAAAAGCGUGCAGAAGAAAAUAUACUCUUUGGCAAAAGGCAAAAAGCAGUUGUAGAGAAAGAAGGGAAUGCUGUUUUGUAGUGACAGGAAGCAAGUGAGCGUGUGCUUAAUGGCAUCCUUCAAAGUGCACAGCUACUGUGUGCUGAUGAGAAAAAGGGAGAAGCAUCAUGGUCCUAUGUAUAGUAAAAGAUCUGGGGAAAACUGCAGCAUUAAA